UCUGGAAUCCCCAAUCCGGCAAAUCCCGCACCGCGGCGUCUCCAUCCUCGCUUUCUUGUUCCAACGGCCGAAAGGGUGGGGUGGUGUUCUCGAGUUCUUGAGCGGGUCGACUCCGCGGCGAGAGAGACCAAGGGAAAUCGAAGGACAGGCACCGUCAGAAGGUUCGCGAACCCCUCCGACCUCGCCCCCUCCCGUCCCGUCCCAUGGCGACGAGGGAGACCGAGCGAGGCUCCUCCGACGGCCUCCCCGAGGACAUGAUCCCGGAGAUCCUCGCCCGCGUGCCGCCCAAGCACCUCCUCCGCUUCCGCGCCGCCUGCAAGGCCUGGCGCGACCUCGCCACCGACCCCGCCUUCAUCCGCAGGCACCACUCCCACCAGCCACGGCAGCCCCUCGUCUUCACCUACGACGUCGGCGGCUGCCUCCAGGCCGUCGACCUCGCCACCAACAAGCGCCGGGCGGUCCUGCGGGUCAUCCAGAGGGUGCCCCCGCCCCACCCCUUCGCCGACGACGGCCGCGGCGCACUCAUGGUCCACGGCUCGUGCAACGGCCUGCUCCUCCUCAGCUUCCACAGGUCCUUCUUCGUCUGCAACCCUGCCACGCGCCAAGGUGCUCGCCUGCCGCUGCUGCUUCAGGAUGGCCGAGAUGUCGUGGGGUUCUACCAGCACGCCGAUUCCGGGGAGUACCGGGUGCUGUACCACGAGGCUGAGCGCCUGGGCCUCCAGAGCCGGCACUCCUACUACGUCCUCACGGUGGGAUCCCCGCAGGCCAGGAGCAUUGAGCUUCGCACGUCGUCGGCUGAAGUGGGCGCUGGGCUGAUGAGAGGGCUGGAGCGCUCUCGCACAUCGCCGCCCGUCCUUCUCCAUGGCAGCCUGCACUGGUCGCCGCAACAGAGCCAAGGGGGCGACAUACUGGUGUUCGACCAAGCUGCUGAGUCAUUCAGGCGGAUCUCUCGUCCCGCGGAGGCGAGCCUGACCAAGGACGACCACACGCAGCUGUUUGAGAUGGAGGGCAAGCUUGCCAUGUUCUGCUCGCCCCAAUUCGCAAAGAACUUGGCGGUUUGGUUCAUGGAUGACUACAAGGAGAUGCGCUGGGUCUGGAAGUACUGGGUUAAGCUGUCCUUCAAGCUUGCUUAUCAACCUAUACCGUUGCCACUUUGUCCGAUUGUCCUGUAUCAAGAGGGGGAUAUGCUGGUGUCCGAGGAAGUCUCUGACAAGGUGUUGCAUUGUGAUAAGACAGGUAAAUCGCAGGGGCCUGUCGACUGCUCUGCUCGGGGCACCAGAGUUACUCCACAUAUGCUCAAAGAAAGCCUUGUCCUCCAUGAGUUCCUUCAGACGCAGCGGAAUGAUGGUGCCUGUGAAUGGUUCUCCGAGGUCGAGUUCGCUGAUGGCUCGGAUACUGCAAUCUCUGCUGAUGAAACUCAAACUGAUUAGCUUCUUCUGAUCAGUUUGACCUAUUUGAACAGUUUGUCCCAUUCAUGAUACGCGCAGCGGUGACAGAGGUUCACAGAUAUUGAUUCCUUGUUUCUCUUUUAAUACGACAGCAGGGGUUUCUUGUAGUCUGUGCAAUUAUCUCGUGUUAUGUCUCGGUACAAUGCAUGUUGGAUAUUGCAUGUUUUCCAUAACAUGAAUUUUGAACGAAUUGCAUGUGUUGUGAACAUGAUUUCGAAUGGCUUGGGCAUCAUAUCGGACGAUAUGCGUGCAGGUCGUGAUGGUUGUUAUUGAACUUGUUUGUGAUACGGAUACCAUUGUUAUGUACUGUUUUCACUGCUGGAAUUUAGGGUAUCAUCAUUAUGCUCUGAAGUUUUUUUUUAGUGGUUGCAGUUGUAGAUUUUGAUCUGGAGCCAAUGCUACUAUGUUGUUUUUGUACCAUUGUUGAGGUGAUUGUUUUAUAAGCUGCUCCUAAUUUUCUCUACUGUUAGAGUUACAUUCAGAGAAAAGCAGAUAUGCAUCUUCGGGAUUACAUGUUGGUGAUUCAUCUUCUAUAUUUCUGAAUUUUUGUCUGGUGAGUUAUCUUGCUGAUGUUUGCACCAGAUUCAUUCAUGCUUUGUUGGCAUCAUAGGCAUUGUUGAAAACUGAACACUGUCAUGCAUGAAAAUUGUGUUGUAUGAAAAGAUUUUAGGCAUGUUGACUGCAAUAGACAAAAGAACAUUAGUUAUGGUAGUAUUUACUUACAGCUGAGAACAUAGGAGUAUUAUAUUAUGUUCAAUGAUCAGUAGCUUAGUGCUGGAUUUGGAGAAAGGUAGCUAUAUGCCUAUACAUUUUGAAGUGAUGCCCAACUGUUGAACUUAAAUUGUUGCUUACAUAAUGCUAUGCAUCUUCACACCAUUGAUGUAGUGACUAGUUACAGUGGAGUGAAACUGUGGCAGUGUUACUUACCAUGACUAGUAUUCAUACAGUGGAAUAUGGAGUUGUUAUCUUAAACUAUAACUCCUUGGACUCAAAUCUGAACACAUUUUUGGGAAAUGAUGAUGGUGACUUUUAGUAUAUUGCGCUUGUUUAGUCAUUGAGUCGAAAUACGGAUUUGACAUGAGGGAAGCCAGUGGCCAACUCUUCCAGCAGAGUGCAUGAACGAUGUUGAUUCCUUCUUUCUCUUCUAAUACGACAACAUGGGUUCCUUUUAGUCUGUGCAGUUAUCCUCUAUUAUGUUUCAGUACACUGGAUGUUGGAAAUUGCAAAAUUUUCAUUGCAUGAAUUGUGGACCAAUUGCAUGUGUUCUGGACAUGAUUUCGAAAGGCUUGUGCAUCAUAUUGGAUGGUAUGCCUGCAGAGAUUGCUUUUAUCGAACUUGUUUCUGAUAUGAAAAGAUUUUAGGCAUGUUGACUGCAAUAUCCAAAAGAACAUUAGUUAUGGUAGUAUUUACUUGCAGCUUAGAAUAAGUACUCCCUCUGUCCCAAAAUUCUUGUCUUAGAUUUGUCUAAAUACAGAUGUAUCAAGUCACGUUUUAGUAUUAGAUACAUUCGUAUCUAGACUAAUCUAAGACAAGAAUUUUGGGACGGAGGGAGUAUUAUAUAAUCAUUAUUGCUACGUACUGUUUUCAUUGCCGGAAUUUAGGGUAUCAUCAUUGUGCUCUGAAGAAUUUUUUCAGUCGUGCAGUUGUAGAUUGUGAUCUGGAGCUGAUGCUACUACGUUGUUUUUGUCCCAUUGUUGAGGUGAUUGUCCUAUAAGCUGCUCCUAAUUUUUGUCUACUGUUAGUGGCUCCUUCUUGACCACAUGUUGGUGAUUCAUCUUCUAUAGUUUUGAUUUUUUUUUUGGUAUGCCGAGUUAUCUUGCUGAUGUUUGCACCAGAUUCAUUCAUGCUUUGUUGGCAUCGUAGGCAUUGUUGAAAACUGAACACUGUCAUGCAUGAAAGUUGUCUUGUAUGCAAAGAUUUCAGGCAUGUUGACUGCAAUUUGCAAAAGAACAUUAGUUAUGGUAGCAUUUACUUAGAGCUGAGAACAUAGUACUCCCUCAGUAUCAAAAAACGUCUUAUAUUUUGAUACAGAGGGAGUAUUAUAUUGUGUUCAAUGAUCAGUAGCUUAGUGUUGGAUUCGGAGAAAGGUCACUAUGCAUUUGGAAGUGAUGCCCUAACUGUUGAACUUAACUUGUUGCUUCCAUAAUGCCAUGCAUCUUCACACCAUUAAUGUACUCCGUAGUUACUAGUUACAGUGGAGUGAAAUUGUGGCAGCGUUACUUACCAUGACUAGUAUUCAUGCACUGGAAUAUCAGAGUUGUUAUCUUAAACUGUAAUUCCUUGGACUCAAAUCUGAACACAUUUUGGGAAAUGAUGAUGGGAGACUUUUAGUAUAUUGCGCGUCUUUUAGAGUCGUUGAGUCAAAAUACGGAUUUGGCAUGAGGGAAGCUAGAGGCCAACUCUGCCAGCACAGUGCCUGGACGAUGUCAAGCUUAGGAUUUUGAUCUCAUGGCUGUGAAGGAAAAGCACAGUUGAAUUUUAUUCUUUUUAGGGGAUUUUUGUCUGUAAUGUGAGUUAGAUUUGAUGAGUUGAUCACAUGCCGUAGCUCGUCUGUGCUGCUAGUGUUUUUAACUCUUGAUUAUUUUUUUGGUCUUCAUGUUUACUCUGAUGGAUCAGUUCAUCAAUAAAAAUAUAUUUCUUCAGUGGAUUUGAA